GCGCCAUGGAACCAAAAACAGCCCAAGAAGAUAAAGACGAACCACCUUCGCUCUCUACUCUGAACAGAGAGAUUGAAAGAGACAGAUAAAGCUGAGAGCUCACCAUGAGCUUCGCGUUAAGCUCUCGAGUCCUUCACGUUCACGCUCGCUUUCUCCCCUCUCUCUCCCCAUCUCGACCCAGAAAGCCUCCCUCCAUCGCUUGCCUUCGCAAGCCUUCGCUGAUUAAGAAUGCCGCUCCAAACCAGGCGCUGGCAAGGAUCAUCCGGGAUUGCUCGGACAAAACUGGCCUGCAAAAAUCUGCCUUGGCAAUUCAAGUCGGAGCAUUUCUGGCCACUACUACUUUUGAGCAGCCUGCGAUUGCGGUGACAGGAGUGAACAACGAGGAAGAUUUCACUUGGGUUCUGAUACAGCUCGGGAUUGUGGCCUUUGGGUACUUCCUCAUCAUGCCGCCAAUCAUUAUGAACUGGCUGAGGUUAAGGUGGUACAAGAGGAACCUGUUUGAGAUGUAUUUGCAGUUCAUGUUCGUCUUCAUUUUCUUCCCCGGGGUGUUGCUAUGGGCACCAUUCGUGAACAACAGAAAGUUCCCGCGUGAUCCAUCACUGAAGUAUCCAUGGUCAACUCCUGAAGAUCCUUCAAAAGUCAAGAAUUCAUAUCUCAAGUACCCUUUUGCUCAGCCUGAAGAUUACGAAUGAGAGUGUUACAUAUCCAAUACAGCUUCACUGUACCUCUCAUCUUAUCUUCUUUCUGGGUUUCUUCUGUAUCUACAAAUGGUUUUUGAUGUUCAUUGUCUCGUAUAGUCUUGUAAAGAAUCAAUGGCAAAAUGUACCUUUGCAAAAGCUCUUAUCGGGUUUUGUAUGCUAAAGAGUACCACAGAGGCGAUGCAGUUCUUAUU